AUGGCGGCUUUGUGGGCUUUCAUAGUGGCAUUUCUCUUUUGGAAUGUGGAGGCUCGACCCGCAACUUUCCUGCAGGAUUUCCGUAUCACGUGGUCCGAGUCUCACAUUAGGCAACUCGAAGGCGGGAAAGCCAUUCAACUUCCGUACACUGUUCAGACGAACGUUUUCGUCCAUGGCAAAGGCAAUCGAGAGCAGAGGAUCAACCUCUGGUUUGACCCGGCUGUCGAGUUCCACACUUACACCAUCCUAUGGAACCAUCAUCACACUGUGUUUUACAUUGAUGAGGUGCCAAUAAGGGUGUACAAGAACAACGAAGCGCGUGGGAUCCCAUUUCCCAAGUUGCAGGCGAUGGGAGUGUACUCAACCCUGUGGGAGGCGGACGAUUGGGCCACAAGAGGUGGGCUCGAGAAAAUUGACUGGGCCAAAGCCCCAUUCUACGCCUACUACAAGGACUUUGACAUCGAGGGCUGCCCAGUGCCUGGGCCCGCGGGCUGUGCAUCGAGCGGGGCCAAUUGGUGGGAGGGGGCAGCCUAUGCACAGCUGAGCCCGGUGGAGGCCCGUAUGUACCGUUGGGUUAGGACUAACCACAUGAUUUAUGACUACUGUACUGACCGGUCUCGAAGCCCGGUCCCAGCUCCCGAGUGUGCGGCUGGGAUUUGA